ACCCAUUUCCGAUUGUCAAUUUUAAAAAUACUAUGUCAAUAAUAUAUAUUUUCCUUUUUUAAAAAAAAUAAAUAUCAAAGGUAUAUGAUAAAUAAAAUAUAAUAAUGAUCUCGAAAAUGUCAAUCAGUUAUCACAGGAAAAAGAAUCAAUGCUGACUUUUAAUAAUUUUGCAAACUCAGGUUUUCAACAAUACAAUAAUUUUGAUUAUCAUAAUGAAUUUGAUUCCACCACCGGUAAUCAAGAUUUCUUAAAUAUAAUUCAAACUAAAAACUGUGAAACAGCUAUUAGCGAUAUUCCUCGACAAAUUAAAGGUAGCAUGGACAGGUCUUAUGAUGCAAAAGUAGUUAAGGAAGAUAAUGAGGCAGAUGAAGGUAAGUUGGAAAAUAAAAUUGAUAGCAAAUCAAAUACAACGUCCCUGAGUAACGCUGGGGUCAAACCUAAGCUAAUAUUAUUUACCACCUACGACCCUGACAACCCCGCAAAAAAAGAUUUUAAUAAGAAAAAAAAUCAACAAAAACCGAGAUACUCAUUACUGCCAACAAUAUUAGCCAACAAUUCGGAUAUUCCCAUGAUUGAAAUCCAAUAUCUAAAAUCCUUGGAUAAUAAUAAGCUUGUCCCGAAAGCAUCGAUUGAUGAAAUCAUGACAAAUAAAUCGGACGAAGAAAGUAAUAGAGACAUCCAUAACAUUCUAAACCACAAUUCGGACUUAGGCAACCCUUUGUCAAAAAAAGUGACGCCAAUUACAUUGAAAUCAAAUAAAGGGGGCCUAAAAUUAGAAGGAGAAGACUUCCACGCUGAUAAUAUAAGAGAUGCCGUGUCUACAUUAUUAGAUGGUUACGAUUGGUCACUAAUGGCCAUUCAAACGCCAACUACUAGUGGCACAACUAAAAGUACGAAUACGAAUAAUUCCGCUUCAUCCAAUAACCACAAUAGCAAGAGAAAAUUGCACAUCAAAAGGCCCAUGAAUGCUUUUAUGGUGUGGGCUCAGGCUGCCCGGAAGAAGUUAGCUGAUCAAUACCCCCAUUUACACAACGCCGAGUUGAGUAAAACAUUGGGAAAACUAUGGAAAUUAUUGAACGACAAAGAAAGAAAACCAUUCGUAGAAGAAGCCGAAAGGCUUAGGAACGUUCAUAAAAAGGAACACCCAGACUACAAAUACCAACCGAGAAGAAAAAAACCCCAUCCAUCGGUGGGCAAAAAUUCCGAACAAAUUAGCGAUACAAGUACCGAGCUCAACAACGGAACAAGCAAAUCUGAAAAUUCUCUACAAUCGACUAACAAGGAGAUACGAAUGGAAAUGGAACAACCCGAAAAAGACGUUGAUGGUGAUACACGGUACAAUGAUCAAUGCCAAGGGGUAGUUGUUAGUGAGGAGUAUGUAUCAAAUUACAACAUAUACGAUUACGUAUAUAAAACGUGUCAAAAAAGAAAAAAUCGCGUUGCCAAGAUCAAGGGUCUAGGCGCGGAAAAGAAAAACAAGAAAGAAAAUACUAAGAUAAAACCGAUCCUCAAGGGCAAAAAUGUCACGAAUGGAUUAUCGAAGUCAAGUAUUCCAAAAUCUUCCACUCAAUUUCUAAGAGCUGCUUUAAAUAAUGGAUACGAAAAAUUGUCGGAGGAACAUUUCCCAAUGCUAGAUCCCAAUUUGGGUUUAUCGGAAAAUCGAUUUUUACCGACUCCGCCUAAUAGUCCCGCAAGUCAAUCCUCCUUUAACUAUGGUUUAAAUAUCCCGCAAUGUAAGAAAUUCGUUAUUCAAGAUACUCAAUGCAAUCUUAAUUCCCAAUUGGCUAAUCCAUACGAAAUAGAAAUUCUAAAUGUUGGCAAAGACGUAGAACAACACGCAUGGAAAUUCGAUCCCAAAAUGGACGGCGUUUCUAGUCCCUUUCAUUUCGACAUGGAGCCAUCUUGCCACCACAAAAUGAUAUACAAUAACCAUAACGAACUAAGACCUAACUACGAGGAGUACAAGUACGAUCAUAAUAUAGAUAACGCCGAGUUUGAUCAAUAUUUGAGCAAAAAUUUAUGGGACAGUUCGUACAUGGUAUCGCAAUCAAAAACGUUCAAUAACUUGUCUAACCUAAACUGCGGAGAACUAAGUCAUCUCGAUCAGCUUUUCACUUACAACAAUAAUAAGUUAAAAUAUUACAACAAUACUCUCAGCAUAAAUACCUAUCUAAAUACGCCAUCUAAAAAUUUUUCGAAUAAAAAUUUUACCGUUUCAGGCAUUGAAUCACAAACUUUCACGACCAUUUGUAAUAACGAAAAUAUAGCAAAUAAUAAUAUAAACUUUUUGAAUAAAAUAGGCGAUAAUUUUAAAUUAAAAAAUCAUUACUCAAAUUACCCUUUCACGUCGGUGUAUCAUAACGCGCAAGAAUCGGGCCCGUUUCCGGAUCGCAGCAGUAUAAACGCGUUCGAACUACAUAAUAAUCCAGGAGAACAAACCAGUGUGUACAUGCCUAUCGUUUAUUCAAAUUUGAUAAACACCGAAAGUUCUGAUAUGGAUCUAUCGCAAAACAAGACCUCCUACAACUAUUCAUCAAUCGCGAUACAGAAUCAGGACGAUAGCGGCUAUAAUGGUAGCUUCCAGCAAACAGAUCCUCUAAAUUUCCCUUAUGUCAAAAUGAACGACAUCGAAUACGAAGAUGUGUCUAGGCCCAGAACCAAACCUUGCGAAAAUCAGUUCUAUGCGGAUGAAAGAAUCAAUUACUGGGAUUGAAUUUUUUUAUGUGAAUUUGCUUAUAUAUAUUAAGAAAUUUUUUUUUUUAAUAUUUAAUCGACGACGCGUAAUCUGUUCUCAACAAAAUCAGCUUUCACAAUGAUCUCAGAAUUUUAUUGUAUCCAUCUGUUAAAUCAUUGUGAAAACUAGGUUUGUCAAGGA